AAAAUAGUGACAGCUAUUUUUGCUCAAGUUCUACGAAGCGAGCAUCCUUCAACAUUUCACCUCCGAGGUCGGUCCAGCAUCGAACGACGCACACUCUCCGGUUGACUACACCUCAGGCACACGAGCGCAUGGUGUCGCGAACGUGACGGUACACCUGGCCUACGAGACAAUUCAAUACAUCGCCACUCGCUAUCGAGGUCUUUGGGAGACCUCUCGCUAUAGAUGGGGAAUACACAGUUCGGGAAGUUUCAAGACUUUUGUCGCGACUCAACACUUCCUAUAUGUAAUAUUCUGACGACGAACAAUCAACCACCGGGAAGCGGUUACACCGGUGUCGAUGGAGCAGGCUGCGUCUUGAACGGAAUCUCACUUAGCCGUGGAAGACAUCUUGCGAACGUGGGGUCUAUAGUGAUCGCCGGCCUUGCAAUACUGGUCACAUUCCUUCUACUAUGGCGCGCAAACCGAAAAGCAGCUGCAGUGGGACGCCGGGAGAUGCAGCUGUUUCUAUUAGGAUACCUUGUGAUUGAAAUUUGCGAAAUAUUCACGAUCGGUGGUAUCCCGCUAGACAACACUGUGAGGAAAGGCUUCACGGCUGUCCACAUAGCGGCCAUCGCGGCAACUUCGUGGAUGUUGCUCAUGAAUGCGUUUGUGGGAUAUCAAUUACUCGACGAUGGCACACCCUUGUCAAUGGGCUUGAUCUUUGGAAGCGCUCUGGCCAUAUUCGUUGGUACCGGCUACAUCGCUCUCGACACCGCCUUCUCUUGGUCCGGAUACUGGGAUUCUUCGCUUCAGUCGCCUCACCGCAAUAUCGCGCUUUACGUGCUCUAUCAGCUACUACCGCUGGUCUGCAUGUUUCUAUUUUUCAUCCUCGAAUCUGUCCUCGUCUUGAGAGUUCUGGGAGAGACCAAACCGAUGCUCUACCUGAUCGCAGCGGCACUACUGUUCGCCAUUGGCCAAGUCUUUAUGUAUGUGAUCUCGAUACACAUAUGCAAUCCGACACAUGGAAAGGUCGAUGGGGCACUCUUCGAAACGUUUUUCACGCUGCUAAGCGUGGUGGCCGUCUUUACUUUCUGGUCGUCUAUUACAGAGGACGACUGGCCUAUUCAAUGACAGCCGGAGGAAUGAUAGACACUAAUACACGAAGUUUGGUCGAAGACCAUCGGCAUGCCUGUCGUCCAUCCGAGCUUUUUGGGAGACUUGUAUCGUUCAAACCACCCAGCCUCAUGUUUGAGCAAGGCGAUUGGCGCUGAAUAACUCUGGGAUGGCUUGACGGUUCGAGAGACUUGAAGACGGCAGGCUUGAGCUUGACGACAUUCACGCAGCGUUUCGCAUUUUGGAGUGGUGUGAUAAUGGCAUUUUG